UGUGCUGCUGAACAUUGGAGGUAGACGCGCCGAGACUUACAGUCAGGACGGAACCGGGGGAAGUCUGGAUUCUGGACUUUUAUUUACAGAUGACAGCAUGAGAGGGACCCGAAACUAUGAGAUUUUUUUUCUUUUGAUAUUUUUUAAACUCCUGGGGGUUCUGCUGCUGCCGGGCCUCGCCGUGGGAGUGAGCAGGACCCAGCGAGACGUCCACUGCAAUGAGAACCAGGAGUACCUGCACGGCAACAUCUGCUGCCUAAACUGCCCAGCCGGAACACGUCUGGAGUCUCCCUGCACCACGGCAGGACAGAAGGGGAAGUGUGUGGAGUGUGAUGACGGGACGUACACCUUGCACAGCAACAGUCUGAAGUGGUGUAUAGGCUGCACGAAGUGUCGCGAAGAUCAGCAAACUGUAAAGCCGUGUAUUCACACUCAGGACGCCGAGUGUCAGUGCAAACCGGGAAGAUUUUGUGCUCCGGACGAAGCGUGUGAGGUGUGCAAGAAGUGUACAAGGUGUGCAGAAGAUGAAGUGGUGGUGAGGAACUGCACCCCGACUGCCAACACGGAGUGCAAGAAAAUCCAGCCCAACCCCGACGCUCCCCCAGCAGGGGUCGUAGGGAUUGGGUUCGGGAUCGGGAUUGUGAUUAUUUUGGUUCUUGCCGUGAUAUCCGUGGCAGUACUGGUGUCCCGGAAGAAAUGUAGAUCAACAGGUUCUCAGAGAGAUCUACCUGGCGGGCUGAAAGCUGAACAGCAUUACAACAACCGUUCCACUGAGGAAGGGCGGAAUGGAGAAUCCCAAACGUUUAGCUGCGUGAGCCUGAUCCUGCCCCGGCCGCUGGUGAGAGCCAAACCCUCCACUUGUAUCGCAGAUGAGCGCAAAGUGCUGUGCGAAAGCCUCGACAGCUCGGCCAGUAACUCCCAGCACAGUCUAACCAGCCUGCCGCCGUACGCCGCCCCGCUGCAGCCCGACGAGAGGGAAGAAGAUCAAUUUCCCACGCUUGUUCCCGUGAACGGCGAAGAGUCUCUGAGGAAAUGCUUCGAGUAUUUCGAAGAAAUCAACAUCGACUUCCACAGGAGAUUCUUCCGCCACCUCGGGAUAAGCGACAAUGUGAUCAAGAGCAAAGACGGCCUCCAAUACGACGACAAGAUUCAUGACCUGCUGAAUGUUUGGGUGGAGAAGGAGGGCAGUGGCGCCAGCUUGAAUGACCUCCUCAAGGCGUUACUUGAUUUGAAUCAAAGGCUAACAGCUGAGACAAUCAAGGACAAAGCUAUUCUCAACGAUCAUUACCUCUGUGAAGAAUAACGGCAGGUGAACAAAAACGUAAAUGCCAUUAAUGGUGUGAUGUACUUUUUGCUGUGUGCUUCUGAUCCAUCCAGGACUGGUUGGACUAGCAUCCAAGAAAAGCUGUUGCUCAGUCGUUCCUUGGCAAACAUUUAAGCAGAGAAGGUGUGAGUACGUAGUCUCAUGAAAAUCUCUUACGGUGUGAAGAGUUAGCUUUUUAUAUCGUCUGAUACUGGUCAGAUUAGCAACUCGCAAGGCUGCCUGCUACAAAACAAGCUCUUAAAAAAAAAAAUGUUUAAAAAAAGAGAGUGUAGGAGUGUAGUCUCAUGGACAUGGACGCUCACCUGAUGUGUCAUGUCCUUCAUGGAGUGAGUUUUUAUAACGUCAGAUUCUGACGAGAUUACCAACUCGCAAAAAAAAAAAAGCUCUCAAUCAAAAAGAGAGAGAGAAGGCACAAGUACUGUGGUCUCAUGAAUAUUGUGUUCAGUCCUUGCAGGAGUGAGCUGUCAUCCAGUACUUGUCAGAUGAGAAACUCGCAAGGCUGCCACAUGAAUAAAAGCCUCACAAACGAGAGGUCAUGAGUGCUGUGGUCUCAUGGAUAAACCUUUAUGGUGUCGGGUCCUUGUGGCUUCCUCGUCCUCGUCCGACACUGUUGGACCAGGAAGCAAUACACAAAGUUACCGCCCAUAUUGUGCUCGUACACUUAAAAGUGCACAUUCUACUGUAGUGCACAGCUGUGAUGAGGAAGUGUGUUGUUUUAGCAAUGCUUAAUCUACACGCCUGUUUGAUCUCGACAGCUUGAAUGCAUUUUCAGUCCUGCACGGAGUUGACUGGUGAAGACUUUCAUUACCAAAAGUGUUGGUGCUGUCUCGCGACUUCAACGUUUACAGAACGAGCACACGUCCCAGGACCAGUUCGAUUGUUCGUCAGAGUGACUGUGGUGUUCAGCAGACUUCACUCAUGAGUUUGUCAUCUUGUUUUAUUUAUUCAGACGCGUCUAACCAGCUGCUGGACGCCGGAAUGAAUGUUUUUUUUUUCUCCUACUGGCUGCACUGACUGAGCAACAGAACAUGUGAAGCAUUAAACAAAAAUUGCUCAGAGAUCAAAUGGGAUUGUACGAGUAUAUAUGAAGUUAUUAUGGUGGAGAUUUGUGGUAUUUAAUUUGUAUUUAAACAGUGUUUUCUCUGCCUUGUACACUUGUGAUUGACAGCGUCGUGGUUGCCUUCUGGUUCACCUUCUGAAAUUGCCUGAUCACAAUUAAUUUAUGUUUUUUAUCUCCAUUUUUUUUUGUGCUUCUUGUCAAUAGUUACAUUUCUUACCCCGAGUAAUUUCUACAUCAGAGUGCCUCGUCUGCCAUUUUUUAUAUAAGAGGUUAAAGGAAAUGUUACCGUUAUAUCUGUUGCUUCUGUCGCAUCCAUUUUAUGAUUUUAUUCAACAGAAUUCAAAUGUUUUUUUUACGAUUGUGUAAAGAAAAACCAAAGAAUAAACAUUUCCAUCGUGA